CAUUCAUCAAAAUUAAUUACAUCUCCUCCUGACCCCCCCUCCUCCAUCUUCUCCUAAUACUACUACUCUGCAGAGGAGUUCUUGAUUUUGCUAUCAACACAGCAGAAACAGAGAGAAGAAGAGGAAGAGUAAGAGGAAGAAGACGAAGAUGGCGCUGGCUAAAGAAAUGAUGGGUUAUUCUAUGAUAGAGAGAUCACCAUGGUUGGCAUCAUCGAAGAAACUCAGGUUGAAGUACAGAGAUAAUAGUUUGCCACAGAGGAAAACCCAGCUCCGGAUUAACCCGGGUUCAGUUUUUUUGGAACACAGGAGGACGAAUCCUGUCGUGGUGGCAGCUUUAAGUGAAGAUUUGAUCAAGUCGAUUGGUAGUAGUAACAGCAGUAGCGGCAGGGAGAAUGAAAAUAAGGCAGUGAAGUUCAAGGUGAGAGCUGUUAUGACUGUUAGGAACAAAAGUAAACAGGAUCUUAAAGACACCAUUGUCAAACAUUUGGAUGCUUUCUCUGAAAAAAUUGGGAGAAAUGUGGUGUUGGAACUUAUCAGCAGCACUGAAAUUGACCCAAGAACCAAAGAGGCAAAGAAGAGCAAUCAGGCUGUAAUCAAGGAUUGGUACAAGAAAUCAAAUGUGAAAGCUGAGAGAGUUCAUUACACAACUGAGUUAUUAGUGGAUUCUAACUUUGGGGAAGCAGGAGCAAUUACAGUCAUCAACAAGCAUCAGAAUGAGUUCUUUCUGGAAAGUAUCACCAUUGAAGGAUUUGCUUCUGGUCCACUCCAUUUCCCCUGCAACUCUUGGGUUCAACCAGUCAAGCACCAUUCAUCCCCUAGAAUUUUCUUCUCUAACAAGCCAUAUUUGCCAAGUGACACACCUGUUGGACUGAAAGCAUUAAGAGAGAAAGAACUAAAGGAUCUGAGAGGUGAUGGGAAAGGAGUUAGAAAUUUAUCAGACCGGGUUUACGACUUUGAUGUGUAUAAUGAUCUGGGAAAUCCAGACAAGGGUUCUGAUUUUGCUCGCCCUGUUCUUGGCCGCCAAAUUCCCUACCCAAGACGGUGUCGUACUGGCCGUCCCCCUACUGAUACAGAUAUGCAUGUGGAGAGCCGGGUGGAGAAGCCAUUGCCGGUGUACGUGCCAAGAGAUGAACAAUUUGAGGAGAGUAAACAAGAUACUUUCUCUGCUGGGAGGUUGAAGGCGGUACUACACAACUUGAUACCAUCGUUGAAGGCCACCAUUUCUGCUGAUAAUCAUGAUUUUAAUGCCUUCUCCGACAUUGAUAAUCUUUACAGAGAAGGUCUUCUUCUCAAGAUAGGUUUACAGGAUGAACUCAUCAAGAAACUACCAUUGCCUACUGUUGUUAACACUAUUCAAGAAUCCAGCCAGAGAUUACUCAAAUAUAAUACACCCAAGAUUGUUUCAAAGGACAAGUUUGCUUGGUUGCGGGAUGAUGAAUUUGCACGGCAGACUAUGGCAGGGAUAAAUCCAGUCAGCAUUGAGAGGCUUAGGGUUUUCCCCCCAGUUAGCAAUCUUGACCCUCAAAUCUACGGUUCACAACCAUCCGCCCUUCAAGAACAUCACAUCGCUCCUCAUCUCCAUUGCAUGACCGUACAACAGGCUUUGGAGGAGAAAAAGCUAUACAUAAUGGAUUACCAUGACGUAUACUUACCAUUUCUAGAUCGGAUUAAUGCCUUGGACGGCCGGAAAGCCUAUGCCACUCGGACCAUUUUCUUCUUGACUCCUCAAGGCUGUCUCAAGCCUAUAGCCAUUGAGCUUAGCCUCCCGCACACCGGACCAACUUCUCGGCAGAAGCGCGUUGUCACGCCGCCCGUAGACGCCACUAGCAAUUGGGUUUGGCAACUCGCCAAAGCUCAUGUCUGUGCCAACGACGCUGGUGUCCACCAGUUGGUCAACCAUUGGCUACGUACACAUGCUAGCAUGGAGCCAUUUAUCUUGGCGGCUCAUAGGCAAAUGAGUGCCAUGCACCCAAUUUUUAAGCUUCUUGAUCCACAUAUGAGGUAUACAUUAGAGAUCAAUGCGCUGGCUAGACAAAACCUAAUCAACGCAGAUGGUGUCAUUGAGUCCUGCUUUACCCCCGGCCGCUACUGCAUGGAAAUGAGCGCCGCCGCCUAUAGAAACCAUUGGCGUUUUGACAUGGAAGGCCUCCCCGCCGAUCUCAUCCGCAGAGGCAUGGCUGAACCUGACCCAACACAACCACAUGGGUUAAAGCUCUUGAUUGAAGAUUACCCAUAUGCGGCUGAUGGGUUAUUGAUUUGGUCAGCAAUUGAGAACUGGGUCGGAACCUACGUGAACCAUUACUACCCAAACUCCACAUUAAUCUGCAACGACAGAGAGCUCCAAGCCUGGUACUCAGAGUCCAUCAACGUCGGCCACGCCGACCUCCGUGAGGCAAACUGGUGGCCCAAAUUAGACAACGCCGAUGACUUAAUCUCCAUCCUCACCACCAUCAUCUGGCUCGCUUCCGCCCAACAUGCCGCCCUUAAUUUCGGACAAUAUCCUUAUGGUGGGUACGUCCCAAAUCGCCCACCCCUAAUGAGAAGACUCAUCCCAGAAGAAAAUGACCCAGAGUAUGCUAAUUUUCUUGCUGACCCACAAAAGUAUUUCCUCUCCGCAUUGCCAAGUUUGCUUCAAGCUACAAAAUUUAUGGCUGUGGUGGACACCUUGUCGACCCACUCGCCGGACGAGGAGUACUUGGGGGAACGACAGCAGCCGUCGAUUUGGUCCGGUGAUGCAGAGAUUAUAGAAGCGUUUUAUGGGUUUUCAGCCGAGAUUAUAAGGAUAGAAAAGGAGAUUGAGAAGAGGAACCAGGAUCCUAGCCUUAAGAAUCGUUGUGGAGCUGGAGUUUUGCCAUAUGAGCUUCUAGCGCCUAGUUCAGAACCUGGAGUAACUUGCAGAGGAGUCCCAAACAGUGUGUCGAUAUGAGGUGUAGUUCUUUAGUUUUGUUUUGGUAAUUAUAAGAAUUUGUACGUAUGUAUAUGCCGCUUGGGUCCUCUGGGUUUAACUUAGGCUGUAUAUGAAAUAGAUAAAAUAUUUAAUAAUUGUAGAACUUUGAGCUUAUUGGUCUUGAUUUGCAGAUCAGACAAAAUUCAAUGAUCUAUUUGUGUAAUCAAAUAAAAAAUCUUACAUGUA